ACAAUCAUUACACUUAGCAUGGAAGUUAAGUCAUUUUUUUCAUUCUGUGUUUGUAUAAAACACAUCCCAUAUUUUACCAACUUCUUCAUGUCCUUUCUUUAGCAAAGACUUUUCUGAUAUUAACCACAAUGGCCUCUAUCAAUAAUAGUGAUUACUACUUUCCUUGGUUUCCUACACCACCUUAUCAUCCUUUUCAGCCACCACCUCACAAGCCAAUUGCUCCACCAUCUCCUCCCCUGUUUCCACCACACAAACCAAUAACUCCACCACCACCACGUAAGCCAAUUAGUCCGCCACCGCCAUCACCUCAAAAACCCGCCACUCCACCACCACCACGCAAGCCGAUUGUGCCUUCUCCGCCACCUCUAAAACCAACUGCUCCUCCGCCACCACGCAAGCCCAUUGUGCCUCCACCUCAAAAGCCAACUGCUCCUCCGCCCCCACGCAAGCCAAUUGUGCCCUCUCCGCCACCUCAAAAGCCAAUUGCUCCUCCGCCUCCACGCAAGCCAAUUGUGCCUCCUCCACCACCUCAGAAGCCAGCUGCUCCUCCACCUCCACGCAAGCCAAUUGGGCCCCCACCAAUUGCUCCUCCACCCCCACGCAAGCCAGUUCGGCCUCCUCCGCCACCUCAAAAGCCAACUACUCCUCCGCCACCACGCAAGCCAAUUGCGCCUCCCCCACCCAGAAAACCAAUUGCUCCUCCACCGCCACGCAAGCCAAUCGCGCCUCCACCGCCCAAAAAACCAAUUGCUCCUCCGCCCCCACGUAAGCCAUUUACACCUCCACCACCGCACAAACCAAUCGCUCCUCCGCCACCAUACAAGCCAAUAUCUCCCCCAUCUCCGAUGCUUCCACCACCGCCGCCGCCUCCUCACCACCACCCAACAGUAAUCAUCAUAGUGUUUGUCUCAUUAGGUGGGUUGUUCCUGCUUGCAUUCAUGGCAGCUGCACUCUUCUGUUUCGUGAAAAAGAGAGAGGAGAAAACCGUGGAAGAAACAGAGAUCAUCCACAUUGAUGAACACAGGAAAAUCAAAGAAGCCAUAGUUGAAGGACCCCAUGGAUCAUGCCAAACUGUGGUGCUAUCAGUUGAAGAUGACAUCCAUGUCAAGGAAGAAAUCAUGAGGACCGAGAAGAUCGGUGAAAAAGCGUUGCACCGUACGCAUGAAGCAGGUGAUCCAAGCACCAUAGAAGAGCCAGUACAGCCACCAUCUUCCACUCAUCACAAUCUUCAUCAAAAGCAUUCCUAAGCACAAAAGUUAAUAAUUUUGGACAGAACAAAUAACACUUCAAUAAAAAUAAACACAACCCAACUAAAAUAUCUAUUAUGAUUAUUCCUAUUAAUAAUUAAAAAAAAAAAUUGGUUUGAUUUUUUACUUCAUUUUUCAGAAAAUCUGCGUGGCUUGUUCAAUACAAAAGUUUAAUCGUCAUAUUGAAUUCUCAUGAAAUGGAUAGAAUUUACUGAAAUACAAUAAGCCACCUGAAUUUAUUGAAAA